AUGACUUUCGGAUUCUCUGAACUUUACAUAGGUACAGAAGUUACCUUCACCGCGCCAUCACUCCAAAAAUGGUGGGAGCUUGAUGGUGGCGCUGGGCCUCCUUUUGCCGUGUUCAAAUAUCUUUGCCACAGUGCGACAGACAGCGACAAGAAGGCAUUCAUGCGAAUCUAUUUCCAGAUUCCUAUCGAAGGAACUGAGUACCAACGCCCCGAGGUUCGACAACGACAGGCCGCUUCACGAAAGCAUCAAGAGCUAGACGUGCUAAAGGAUCUGAAACUACAACAAUGUCCCGUGGUACCGAACCUACUCGCCUAUAAAGAAGGAAAACAAGGCAACGAUGGCCUUGUCCCAGAUGGAUACAUUACACACGUUGUGUGGGAUAAGGUCCCCGGGAAGUCACUAAAUCAGGAUAAAGUCUGGGAUCCUAAGUCAGGUCCAUUACGCAAGGCCGUGGGCGCAAAGUUCCGCGAUGUCUGGGAACGUUAUGGAUGGGAGCCAGGGAUGCCUAGACUGGAGAACAUCAUCUACGAUGAGGUUACAGAGACGAUGCACAUUGCAGGCUUCCGAGACCCCGCCCCCCUUGAGCUCGAAAAGAGAUUUACUGAUAUGACCUUUGUUGACUGGGGCUUGGCUAUACCACCUAGUAAGGCCGGUUUGGGAAAAGGACAGCACCAAGUGGGCUUGGUGAUCCGCAUAAAUGUCCAUUGCUUUAUAUGA